UGCCGGCAGUGCGCCAAAAAAAUUCAUUUCAAUAUGUAAAAUAUAUUAGUGGAAAACACAUUACUACAUUGGGAUAUGUUUAAAGACAGAUAUAGUAUGUACUACAGUGUACUAUAUAUUUCUGAUUAAAGAUGUUUCCUUAAUUCCCAACAUUAUGAUCUCGUCUUUUAAGCAGGGGGAAACUGUUUACUUUGAUUUUACUGCUGAAUUGUAACCAUGUAAUAUAAAUUAGUACUAACUGCUAUAAUUUUUCUUUUGCCCUAAGCCGAUAAUGCGUGAUGCGUGCUGUCAUUGCUGUGUUGGAUAGAAGGGGUUGGGACUUGGGAGCGAGAAGUUUGCAUUUGCAACCAGCUCAUUUCAGUUUUGACAACCCUGGAGAAGACGCAAGAUCAGCUGUCGUCUGAGAGAAUAAAAACAUUUAAAACAAAAGUUGUCCCUGAAAUGAACAACAUUAAUGAACUUAAGUCACGUUAUAAUCAAAUCUAUCCUGCAUUUGGUUCAUACACAGAGUGUAUGUCCCGAGCUUUACUCACUGGUCUUUCAUCUUCGAUACUGGGAUUUUCCACAGCAUUCUGUUCGCAAUAUCUUCUGAAAAAGAAGCUGCCCUACACCUUUAGUGGAAAUAUAUUGGUUUCAAGUUUUGUAGCUGUUGUGGUUGGCUUUCAGGUUACCUCAGUAAGAGCUAAAUCGUGUCAAGCUGCUUGGUUAGCUGCUGAAGACAAGCACACAUUUUUCUCUGAAAAUGAUGAUAAAUCUGAUUAGACUGGCAAGUGUAGUAAAUCAAGUGAAAACAUGUAGUUUACAGAAGAA